AAGCUAGAGCCACAAGGACCACGAGAUAAGGCGAGUGCAGCAGCAGAACCCAGGUGCCAGCUCUUUCCUCAGAACCUAUACUUCUCCACCAGGCGGGGCCUUCCACACGGAGGUAGGAGGGAUGCUGGCCAGCAGGUCAGCUAGCAGCUCUGGGAGAAGGGGUGCUGGGCUGGGGGCUCUGCUGCCAUGGAAAUGCCUUCAUUUCCUUCCACUCAAAUAGCUUACUGACUGGGUUCCUGCUUUGUUGAGUAAAAGGGUCGCUGACUCUCCCCAGACGGUUGUUCAGUUCACAUCCCUAAAGUCCCUCUAUGCAGGCCCUGAGGAGGUGCAGCAAGUCCUGAGGGCGCUCUUUCCCGAGGCUGACCGGGGGAAAUGGGGGAGGGGUGCCCCUGACAGUUCCCAGUUGCCGGCUGCAGUCCCCAGAGAAUGGUCCUGCAGGCUGUGGAGUCAAGCAGGUGGAGAGAGAAGGUGGGGGCAGAGGGCCCCUUCCUGAAUCCAGAGUCCACAAGGUUAACCCCCGAUUUCCAGAAACUAUCUCCUCCCCACACCCACCUCACGCGGCCCAGCACCGGGAAACCGGGAGCCCAGAGCACUGUGGCCACAGAGACACGGGCACGCAGCCCUCGGGGCGGGCGGGUCAGGCUGCGGGCAGAUGGGGAGAAGACGUGCUCCCGGGAGCUGAAGGCCAGUCUCUGAGAGAAGCACCCCAGACUCUCUGGGACAGCAAGGUUAGAGGCAGGGGGAGAGCAACCUAGGGCGGUCCCCUCGGGACAGUCGGGGUGAGGAGAGGGGCGAGGCGGGAGGGAACCUGUGAUGGGAGGCGAGUGGGCUCGCGUGGAGGCCAGCUCACGCCGCGGGAGCUGCCUCUUAGCCGGGAUGGGAGGGCAGUGCCGCCCCCUGGCGGCCGCACUUCGCGGACCGCGGCUCUCCGCACACGGUCGCAGGGUCCUGUGACUCCGUGACCCCUCCCUCCACCCCACCCCCUUCUCGAGGCCGCGUCGCUGGGUGGCCUGCGUCGACGGGCAGGACCCCAUCGCCCGCCCCUCUCAGACCAGCCUUUGCCCACCUGCCCGGCCCUGCGCAGCAUGCGGCCCGGGGGCCUCGAGAGUGCCCGCGCGCUCUGCCAGCAGCCCCUGCUGCGGCUGCUGCUCCUGCUGCGGCUGCUGCUGCCCGGUGCCCAGACCACGGCGGGCGCCCCCGGCGCGUGGACCACGAGGGACACCUCCAGCACCCCGAGUCUGCAGGAGCGCGCGCGGGCCCUGAUGCGGGACUUCCCGCUCGUGGACGGCCACAACGACAUGCCCCUGAUCCUGAGGCGGUUUUACCACAACGGGCUACAGGAUGUUAAUGCGCGCAAUUUCAGCCAUGGCCAGACCAGCUUGGACAGGCUUAAAGACGGUCUCGUGGGUGCCCAGUUCUGGUCAGCCUACGUCCCAUGCCAGACCCAGGAACGGGAUGCUGUGCGCCUCACCCUGGAGCAAAUUGACCUCAUCCGCCGCAUGUGUGCCUCCUAUUCUGAGCUGGAGCUUGUGACCUCAGUUAAAGCUCUGAACAAUACCCGGAAACUGGCUUGCCUCAUUGGCGUGGAGGGUGGCCAUUCACUGGACAGUAGCCUCUCUGUCUUGCGUACCUUCUAUGCCCUGGGUGUGCGCUACCUGACACUUACCCACACAUGCAACACGCCUUGGGCAGAGAGCUCGGCUAAGGGUAUCCACCCCUUCUACAGCAAUGUCAGCGGGCUGACCAGCUUCGGUGAGAAGGUGGUGGCAGAAAUGAACCGCCUGGGCAUGAUGGUAGACUUGUCCCAUGUCUCGGAUGCCGUGGCACGGCGAGCCCUAGAAGUGUCACAGGCACCUGUGAUCUUCUCCCACUCGGCUGCCCGGGCUGUGUGUGAGAACACUAGGAAUGUUCCAGAUGAUAUCCUGCAGCUUCUGAAGAAGAAUGGUGGCAUCGUGAUGGUGUCCUUAUCCAUGGGGGUGCUGCAGUGCAACCCGUUAGCCAACGUGUCUACUGUGGCAGAUCACUUCGACCACAUCAAGGCAGUCAUUGGACCCAAGUUCAUUGGGAUUGGCGGAGAUUAUGAUGGGGCUGGCCGGUUCCCACAGGGGCUGGAGGACGUGUCCACAUACCCAGUACUGAUAGAGGAGUUGCUGAGGCGUGGCUGGAGUGAGGAAGAGCUUCAGGGUGUUCUUCGAGGAAACCUGCUCCGGGUCUUCAGACAGGUGGAACAGGUACAGGAGGAAAACAAGGGACAGAGUCCCUUGGAGGAUGAGUUCCCAGAUGAGCAGCUGGGCAGCUCUUGCCGCUCCAUGCUCCCGCGUCUGCAUCAGAGACAGAAUCUGGCUCCAGACCAGAAACUAACCAGAAUUCCGAUGCGUGGGCAUCUCAUUUUGUCACCUAAGUGGUCAUUCUCAAAAUCCUCUCCCUGCACGGCCCCAGGCCUCACAGUUAUUGCUGCCUUCCCAGUCCUCAUUCUCUGGCUCUGGUGAUCCCGUUAAUACUGCCAGAUGUCACUUUGGCAGCCGCAGAUAUCGCACAAAGUUCCCUUGCAUGCAAGCACAAACAUUUC